AUGCCUCCAAGUCGCAAGCCGGGCUCGGCCUUGCCAGCCGAAGCUAUCGGCCAAAGCAUAGGAGGUCCCAGCGGAAGGCUCUCAACAUCACUCGAGAUCGAGGACUCGUCAAAUGAGAACCUCAAGCAUCGUCUCAAUGAAUGGGCAGCCUCUGGGGCACGCAACGAUGACGAGGACGACCAAGGCUCGGAAUACGAGCUUCUUAUGGACCCGAAUCUUCCUCAAGAGUAUGAGACGAGACGUAAGAGUUCAGGAGAAUCAGGCGAUGACGCCGCGUUGAUCAACCAGGAUGAAGACGACGAGGAAGAAGAGAACUCUCCCUAUCCUGAAGUUCGAGCUGCAGUACGAAAUUUCGACGAGGAUCUUCCAUGCAACACUGUAAGAGCAUGGACUAUAGGAAUGCUGCUAGUCAUCGUGGGUGCUUCCACGAACACCCUCUUCUCUCUCCGCCAACCAUCCAUCAGCAUUGGGCCUCUCAUCGCGCAAAUUGUUGCGUGGCCGAUGGGCCAUGGCUGGGCGAGAUUUGUGCCAGAUAGGGAGUUUAAUACCUUUGGCAUGAGAUGGACUCUUAACCCUGGACCAUUCAACGCCAAAGAGCACGCUAUUAUCGUUGUAAUGGCGAGUGUGUCGUUCUCGGUCGCAUAUGCCACGGAUAUCAUCCUAGCACAGGUGGUCUUUUAUAAGCAGGACUUUGGCCUGAUGUUCCAACUCCUGUUGACUAUAUCGACGCAAUCAGUUGGUUAUGGAAUUGCAGGCAUGCUACGAAAGUUCUUAGUAUAUCCUGCAUCCAUGAUUUGGCCCGAGAAUCUCGUGGGUGUCACGCUCAUGAACGCCAUGUACGAAGUAAACGAUGCUCCUGAUCCCAGUAUCCUUGGAGGCACUAUGCACCGGUAUAAAUGGUUCACUAUCGUGACCGGAUGCUCUUUUGUCUACUACUUCAUCCCGGGCUUCCUAGCCCAGUUCCUCAGCAUCUUCGCCGUAGCUACUUGGAUGGCCCCUCAGAACCCUGUUAUGAACCAAUUAUUCGGAGGCCAGACAGGUCUAUCUUUUCUUCCUAUCACCUUCGACUGGACGCAGAUUGCAGGAUACGUUGGCUCUCCGCUGAUUCCACCGUGGCACGCCAUCGCCAAUACUACCAUUGGAGUUUUUCUCUUUUUUGUCGUAGGAGCAUCGUUUCUGCAUUUUGGAGGGGCAUGGUAUGCAGAGUAUCUACCCAUGAGCGACUCUGGCACCUAUGACAAUACAGGAGCUCGCUACAACACCACGCGGAUUCUCACCAAAGACUUCACACUGAACGAAGAGGAGUAUAAGAACUACUCGCCCCUUUUCAUCAGUACCACUUUCGCCAUGUCUUACGGCUUGUCUUUUGCUGCCAUAUCCGCACUUGUAGUAUACACUUAUCUCCACAACGGUAAACAAAUCUGGCAGCAAUGGAGGAAUAGUACAAACGAAAAGCCCGAUAUCCAUAUGAAACUCAUGAGAAAGUACAAAGAAGCCCCCACUUGGUGGUACAUGUCGCUUUUUGCCGCUAUGCUUCUCAUCGGCUUCUAUACAGUACUUGCAUACCCAACGAACCUGUCAUGGUGGGCUUUUCUGCUAGCCAUUGCCAUCUCAUUUGGCUUUGCUCUACCUAUAGGCAUUAUCCAAGCCGUGACAAACACCCAGAUUGGCUUGAAUGUCCUGACAGAGUUCAUCUAUGGAUAUCUACAGCCAGGGCGACCCCUAGCACUGAUGAUCUUCAAGACAUAUGGGUACAUCACAAUGGCGCAGUCUCUUCGCUUUGUCUCGGACUUGAAGUUCGGACAUUACAUGAAGAUACCCCCUCGGACAAUGUUUCUGUCUCAGGUCGUCGCCACAACAUUCUCAUGCUUUAUCCAGAUCGUCGUUCUGAACCUGUCUCUGAAUAAUAUCCCCAACGUCUGCGAGCAGCACCAGGUUGAUCACUUUACGUGUCCUGGCGGCCGCGUCUUCUUCGCCGCCUCAAUCAUAUGGGGCCUCCUCGGCCCUGCUCGCAUGUUCUCGCCCGGCCAGGUCUACUCCGGCCUUUUCUUCUUCUUCAUCUUGGGCGCCAUCACACCCAUUGUCAUCUAUGUCUUAGCCAAGCGCUGGCCCAAGUCUCCCGUGCGGUAUCUCAUGGCGCCGCUCAUCUUUGGGGGUGCAGGGGCGAUCCCACCGGCGACGCCCCUCAACUAUCUCUCAUGGGGUAUCGUCGGCUUCGUCUUUCAGUACUGGAUCAAGAAGCGUCACUUCAGAUGGUGGACCAGACUCAACUUUCUUACGUCGUCUGCACUUGACCUUGGCCUCGCCCUCGCGACACUGGUCAUCUUCUUUGCCUUUACACUGCAUGAUGUAGAUCCGCCCAGCUGGUGGGGAAACGAUAUUGUCUCUUCGACGAUGGAUGUCCAGGGUACCGCGAUACAGGCCCGCCCAGCCGAAGGGGAGCGGUUUGGACCAAAGACUUGGUGA